CGGGGUCCGGGGAUAUCAGAUAUAGUGAAUGCAGGGUCGGGGGAGACCAGAUAUAGUGAAUGCAGGGCCCGGGGAGACCAGAUAUAGUGAAUGCAGGGUCCGGGGAGACCAGAUAUAGUGAAUGCAGGGUCCGGGGAGACCAGAUAUAGUGAAUGCAGGGUCCGGGGAGACCAGAUAUAGUGAAUGCAGGGGUCCGGGGAGACCAGAUAUAGUGAAUGCAGGGUCCGGGGAGACCGGAUAUAGUGAAUGCAGGGUCCGGGGAGACCGGAUAUAGUGAAUGCAGGGGUCCGGGGAGACCGGAUAU